UGGAUAAUAAUAAACUUUACUUUAAGCGUAAUUCGAUUAAUUAAUAAUACAAAUGUAAUUGUUUCAAUUGGCAAGUUGUGGUCAGAUGAGAGAUGCCGUUGUAAAAUGUAGCAUAGAAACCCCACUGAACGAUACGCUGUGGUACCCGGGUUGUCCAAUGAUAGCUAAUAGAUAUGUUUACAACGUUCGGAGUGUAAUUCCGCAUAUUUUGCUUGCGUUCAUUAUAGAUAUGUUUUUAAGACUUCGAGGUAGUAAACCAAUAAUGAUGAAACUUCUCCGAAAUGGCAAUAAGCUGUUUACAGCGACAGCAUAUUUCGCUCUGCACGAAUGGACUUUCCAAAGGGAUAACUGUUCCGAUUUGAUGAGAAAAGUGAAAAUGUUGAACGACAGCGAUAUGGUCAAACUAGAUUUACGAGAUAUGGAUUGGGAGAAAUACGUUGCAAGUAAUCUGAUGGGAAUUAGGAAAUUUAUUCUGAAAGAAGACUUUAAUUCAACAGCCCGACAACGAUUAUCAAGGUUGUACUGGAUACAUCAGAUCACAAAAAUGUCUGGUAUAAUGAUCUUACUAUGGAUAAUAUACUGUAUCGUGUACUGACUAUUUGAAAGUUAUUUCUUCUGUUUAAAGCAAAGAAGUAUAAAUACAGUUUUAUGAA